AUUCAAGAAACCCAUAACAUAUUUGUUUACAAAUUUUCAUACUUCACCAAUUCCCUUUUUUCUCGUGUUUUUCACAAUGGAAGUGGCGAAGAGAAAGCGGCCAAAUGACGAAGACGCUGACGGAAAGAAAUGCAAAGGGCAGGAAGAUGAUAACGGCGUUAGGCGAUUGCCGGAAGACGAUGAGGUGGAGGAGUUCUUUGCCAUACUUAGGAGAAUACACGUGGCCGUUAAGUACUUCAAGAAGCGUAAUCGCCACGGUGACUGUGAGUCGACCAUGACGGCGUGGAGUCCUUCCUUUCAACGGGAAGAUUUUGAGGAGGUCAACGUCGUCAAGAAAGAAGGAAGUAUGGAGGGAACUCGAGAUAAAAUUGCGGGUACUUUGGAUCUCAAUUCUGAGCCGGCAGGCGAGCGGUCUAAUUUAGAAUCAGUUUAAUCUAGUCAUUUAUAGAGUAAUUAACGCUAUAUAUUAUUAUAACUGACAACGAGAGUUGAAAAUCAUGAGUGAAACAUGUUCAUGAAUCAUGAUGAAAUAUAUGAUAAUUUGGUUUGAUUCAGUUCGAUUUGACAGAUAUGAUGGUUCGAAGAGGACUACUGAUUAGUCGGUCAAUUUAUCUGCAAAAAAUAGGUAGAAAUUUCUAUUCCACAAGUUUUUUAUUUUUUA